CGACAAACCACGACACCGCCCUCAUUAAAUAACGAAGGACACGAUGUCGACCUUCGAGCCAGUCAUCACGAUCGAUGCCAAGGGUCACCUUCUUGGUCGACUUGCAAGCACUGUUGCAAAGCAGUUGCUCAACGGCCAGAAGAUCGUCGUUGUACGAUGUGAGGCCUUGAACAUCUCUGGAGAGUUCUUCCGUGCGAAGCUCAAGUACCACGCCUACCUCCGAAAGAUGACCAGAUACAACCCAACCCGUGGAGGUCCUUUCCAUUUCCGUGCCCCAUCCAGAAUCUUCUACAAGACCGUUCGUGGUAUGAUUCCUCACAAGACCGCCCGUGGUGCCGCCGCCAUGGAGAGACUUAAGGUUUUCGAGGGUGUUCCACAACCAUACGACAAAGUCAAGCGCGUUGUCGUUCCCCAAGCUUUGAGAGUGUUGAGAUUGAAGCCUGGACGCAAAUACUGCACUGUCGGUAGAUUGAGCCACGAGGUCGGAUGGAAAUACCAAGAUGUUGUCGCUAGACUUGAGGAGAGAAGAAAGGUUAAGAGCGCAGCAUACUACGAGCGCAAGAAGGCCGCACGCAAGCAGCUUUCAGAAGCCCAGAAGUCCGCUAAGAUCGACGAUAAGACCAAGACUGAGUUGGCUGCUCUCGGCUAUUAAAUAUCCUGGACCUUAUUUGAUGUGAUUUUGCGCUGCUGGGUGGAUGGAUUGGGUUGUUUAACGGUUUCUUCUUUUCAACAAUAACAACGUCAAUGCUUUGUUCUACCAUUCAUUGGAAGAUCUCAAGGCCUGGUAUUCAUUUACCAUUUACACAAUAUUGGGAAAUGCUGUAAUGGCAAAAGGAGUCUGAUGCAGCAAGGAACUCUGAUGUGUAUUGCUUCGGCUUGCAUGCAGUUCAUAGCGAAAUGAAAAGCCCAAGGCAUGAAUCAAGAAUGAAUACAUUG